AUGGAACAAGUUUCUUUGGAAGAAGCCCUAGACGAGGACUUCAAUACGCCAAAAGCGAAACACAGAGAUUUUCGUAGCGAUGGCGGAAUUCCGGCGGGUGCCGAAGACGGAGGGCUUUCCGGCGAGGUGCCGAAGACGGAUGGCUUUCCGGCGGAGUGCCGAAGACGGAGGGCUUUCCGGCGGGACGACGAAGACGUAGGUUUCUCAGGCGGGGUGCCGAAAACGCUGGACUGUCCGACGAGGACGAUGACGACUCGUUUGACCGUGCUGGUGACGUCGGUGUCUCCGGAGCGUCGAGUUACCGGCGGCUUGCCAGUGGGCGAUCGCUGCUCCACAAGAUGGCGGUUUCUAAUUUCCCCCGUAUGGUCUCCAGUAUUAGUGGAGAAAACAAUCCAGAGCCACUGUGGGACAAUAAUUGCGGCUAAAAAAACGAGAGAAGGAAAAAUAUUUGUAACAGUGAGAAAUGAAAGUCAGGCCAAAGACCUGGCUAAAAUUGAAAAACUAGUGGACGGAAUUACGGUGAAGAUUUAUGAACAUAAAUCAUUGAACUCCUGCAAAGUGGUAGUGUUCUGCCGUGAUGUGAAAAACGAUACGGACGACGCAAUUCGAGACAUGUUGUCAGAUCAAGGCGUGAUAAAUGUAAAGCAAAUUACGAAGGGCGCGGAGGACAAUAAAAUACCUACCGGCAUUUUCGUGAUAACCGUGAAAGGAACCAGGCCACCUAAAGAAUUCAAAUUGGGUUACCUCCUCUUGCAGACAAGACCAUGGUACCCUAACCCGCUAAGGUGUUUCAAGUGUCUCAAGUUUGGACAUACUAGCAUUAGCUGCCCGGUCAAGGAUAAAAAGUGCAGUAGGUGCAGUGAAGUCUACCAUGAAGAAUGUGGCAACGUAGCAAAAUGUAUUAAUUGUGGUGGUGGGCAUGGUGCAUUUUCCAAAGAGUGCCCAGAAAAAUCGAUUACAAAAGUGAAAGUGGACAGAAACAUUUCGUUUUGGGAAGCCAGACACAUUGUUGAAUCAGAGAGCAAAACAGCUUACUCAGAUACAGUGAUAUCAUCAGUUGAAGAAGAUGUUAAAAAACUUACUAAUGAAAACAAAGCCUACGUAGCUAAAAUCAACGAGCUAAAUGAAGAGAAGAAAAUGUAUGCUGACACCUUGAAAGCUAAAAUGGAAGUACAAUUCGAGACAAAGCUCAUGCAAUACAAAGAAGAAUUGAUCAAAUGUUGCCAGGAAAAUGAAAAAAAAGUGACGGAAAUGCAAACAAAAAUUGAGGAAAUGCAGGAGACGUUAGACUCAGUUCACAAAGCAUACAAGGAAGAAAAACAUAGAAGAAAAAUUGCAGAAAAAGAGGCGGAAAAACUCAAAGAAGAUUGCAACAAGCUCGAAAAUCUAUUGAAAUCAUCAACAAAAAACAGCCCCAAACACACAAGGAGUCUGGAUAACACCUUGCUCUCACCACCUAGGAAGAAAAAAGGAAACACAUCAAUGCAACCAUGUGAACAGAUGGAGUUUGUUGAAUCGGAUUCAGAACAAUCCAUAGGAUCUACCCACCACGACGAUAAUAUGUAG